AAAGAGUCUCAGUAUAGACAAUUUUAAAUGAUAAAAGAAUACUGACGAAUAACCUUCCACCAAUGACUUCUACACAAACUAUGGAUCCCCGCCACAGUGCCCAGGAUGUGAUCAGAUGUGACCUUUGUGAGACAGCUAUAGUACAGAUGUACUGUGAUUUCUGUCAUGUCAACCUUUGUAAACCCUGUAUUGGAGAACACAUUACUGAUGAAUAUGACAAACAUAAAAUUGUUCCUUUCCAACAAAGAAAAACAACCUUGAUUUAUCCAAAGUGUGCAACACAUCCAACCAAAACUUGUGAAUUAAAAUGCAAGGAAUGUGACAUUCCUGUUUGCCCUUCAUGUUUUACGUCAAAUAAACAUAAAGGACAUCAUUUUUUAGAACUGUCAGAAGUAUACAACUCAAAAAAAAUUGAUAUCGAAAAAGAUACAGAGGAAUUACAAAACAUUAUCUCUCCAACAUAUGAAGAAAUCAGAAAUGAUCUAGAAACACAGAUAGCUAACUUGGAUGGAGAAUAUGAGAAACUUACAACAGCAGUGACAAAACAUGGAAAACAAUGGCACAGAGAAAUUGACAAUUUCGUCAAUGUCAUGAAAAAAGAAAUUGAUGAUUUGAAAGGAAAACACUUUGACAUUCUCAGGAAACAUGCAGAUGAAGUGAAACAAAUACAGUCCCUUAUAGAACAAAAUCUGCUCAACCUGAAGGAAAUUGAAGAAUCAAAUGAAGUGUACAUGACCACAGAAUACAGCUCCAGAAACAAAGAAUUCAGUAAACUUCCUCCUAAAGUUCAGGUAUCCCUGCCAAUGUUUAAUCCAAAACCUGUAGAUAGAGAACAGAUUUACAAAUUGUUUGGAUCUCUUGCACCUUUAUCUACUACAACAGAAGAAAAUGGCUACGAGCUGAAGAAAUUAGAAAAGUCAAGCAGAAUAUUGCUGGAAGAACCAGAACUUAUCACUACUAUAGAUACUGGGUAUGAAAACCUCCGCUCUGUUGCCUGUCUCAGUGAAGAAGAAAUUUGGACAAGUGGAAAAGUCAAUGAUAUGAAUUGUUUUAACAUUCAAGGUUCACUCAUGAAGACAAUCAGAACAAAAUCAGGAAAAUCUCCAAAUGAUAUAGCAGUGACAGGUGAUGGAGAUCUAGUGUACACUGACUGGAAAACAAGGACUGUGAAUAAAGUGAAGAAUGGACAGAUAGAGGAGAUGAUCAGACUACAGGGCUGGGUACCCCAACAACUCUGUGUCACAUCCUCUGGUGACUUCCUGGUUACCAUGCGCAGUGAUGAUAAUACACAAUCCAAAGUUGUCCGUUACUCAGGAUCCACAGAGAAACAAACACUCCAGUUUGAUAAGGAGGGUAAACCUCUGUAUUCAGGAAAUGACAGGAUUAAGUACAUCAGUGAGAACAGAAACCUUGAUAUCUGUGUGGCUGACAAUGGAGCCGGUGCUGUAGUGGUGGUCAACCAGGCUGGAAAACUUCGAUUUAGAUACACCGGUCAUUCUUCUACUACAAAGAACGAACCAUUUAAACCCCGGGGCAUCACAACAGACAGCCAGAAUCAGAUCCUGACAGCAGACCGAGGUAACCACUGUAUCCACAUCCUAGAUCAGGACGGACAGUUCCUCCGUUAUAUAGAUAAAUGUGAUCUAAAGGAUCCAUUAGGUUUAUGUGUGGACAAAAGUAACUAUCUGUUCGUUGCUGAGUAUGGAGGAAAGAUUAAGAAAAUUAAAUACUAGUAUUUGAAAUAGACAUAUUUGUAUAU